UAUGGAGAAUUGAUGGUCACAAACACCCACACGUGUGAUCAACAGCCAAUCCCCAAAAAACAUAACUCAUACGUUCAAGAUAUUUCAAUUUCCGAUCAAUUACACCUUCUUACAUUUGAUAUAAUAAUAAUAAGAAGAAUAUUAUCGUAUGGGCGGUUUUAGCAGAGAUCGAUUUCAAAAACAGGUUUUGUUGUUUAAUGGACAAUCUGUUAGGUCUUCUUAGAAUUAGGAUUAAAAGAGGUAUAGAUCUUGUCAUUCGUGAUUUCCGAUCCAGCGAUCCUUAUUGCAUUUUAAAAUUGGGCGAACAGAAACUCAAGACUCGUAUCAUCUAUAAAGAUCUCAACCCUGUGUGGGAUGAAGAUUUGACUCUUUCAAUAGAAAGUCCUGAUCAACCGGUUGAACUGAUGGUGUUUGAUCAUGACACGUUUAGCAGGGACGAUGAGAUGGGUGAUGCAGAUAUCGACAUCCAACCGUUCCUGGAGGCACAUAAGAUACAUCUGGACCCACAUACGGUCACAAACGGCACUAUUCUAAAGCGGGUUGAGCCAUCCGAGGCAAAUUGCCUCUCGGAAGAAAGCUGCGUGACGUGGAAAGAUGGUAUGAUAUCUCAAAAUAUGCUUCUUAAAUUGCGGAACGCUGAAUCUGGUGAAAUCGAACUCGAAUUGCAUUGGAUUGACCUUCCGGGUGCUCACCACCUUUAGAAAUGGUUGUGUUGUGUCUUAGAGUGUUCUAUAUGUUGGUUGGUUUGGUAUAACCACCAACAUCGGAUCUAGAAGGGUUUAGAGGAUUUGUUUUUUCUAUUUUUUUUUGUAAUUUUUGUAGUGUAAAAUACAAAUAAAUGAAAAAUAAUAGCAAUGGGUAUCCGAAAGACGUUCGAUAACAAUACACGAAUAGUAAAGCUCAUAAAACCCUUGAUUCUUUAAUAUUCUUAACGGAUCAAGAUGAACAGGGCUAUUGGUGUAGAAUUAGAAGUAAAUUUUAAG